AUGUGCAUCGUCAACGAUGGUUUUACAGAACGCCUGGGUGGCUCACGCGCUGCCGCUGAUGCGGCCCUUUUGCAACAGCGAGGCUUACAGUUGAUCCCUCCACAGUGUGACGCUUACAACGACAGCGCCUACACCUGCACCGACGCCAGCACCGACGCCAGCACCAACGCCGGCGCCUAUGCCAGCGCCGACGCCAACGCCUACACCAGCACCGGCGCCAGCACUAACGCAUGCGCCUACGCCGGCACUAGCGCCAGCGCCUACACCAGCACCGACGCCAGCACUGGCGCCAGCCCCAAUGCCAGCGCCUACGACGGCGCCGACGCCAGCGCCUACACCAGCACCGUCACCAGCCCCAACGUGUGCUCCUACGCCGGCACUAACACCAGCGCCUACACCAGCACCGGCGCCAGCACCUGGUGUUCGACAUAG